GCUCGUCUGCGCGGCCGGGACCGACUGACGGGCGUGCGCUGGGGGCGCGGGGCGCGGGCCUCGGCGGCGGCGGAAGCCUGGGUGCCCCCGCCCGCCGGUCCUCUCUCAGAGGCGGAGGCAGCGCCGCGGGCCGCGGAGGAGCGAGGCGCAGGGGCCGGCGGCGCGGGGAGGCGCGGGGGUCGCGAAGCAAGAGCGGCCCGCUGGGCGCCGCCAACCCGGCUCAUCGGACGGACAGACGGACGCGGCCCCUCGCGGCCCCUCCCUGCCGCCGCCGCCCGCCCGCCCGGGGCGCCCACCUCGCCGGCGCCGGGCCCGGGAGCGAUGACAUCGACGGGGAAGGACGGCGGCGGGGCGCAGCACGCGCAGUAUGUGGGGCCCUACCGGCUGGAGAAGACGCUGGGCAAGGGGCAGACAGGCCUCGUGAAGCUGGGCAUUCACUGCGUCACGUGCCAGAAGGUGGCCAUCAAAAUCGUCAACCGGGAGAAGCUCAGCGAGUCUGUGUUGAUGAAGGUGGAGCGGGAGAUCGCCAUCCUGAAGCUCAUUGAACACCCGCACGUCCUCAAGCUGCAUGACGUCUAUGAGAACAAAAAAUAUUUAUACCUGGUGCUAGAGCAUGUGUCCGGCGGGGAGCUGUUCGACUACCUGGUCAAGAAGGGGAGGCUGACCCCCAAGGAGGCCCGCAAGUUCUUCCGGCAGAUCAUCUCGGCCCUGGACUUCUGCCACAGCCACUCCAUCUGCCACAGGGACCUGAAACCAGAAAAUCUGCUGCUGGACGAGAAGAACAACAUCCGGAUCGCGGACUUCGGGAUGGCGUCGCUGCAGGUGGGGGACAGCCUGCUGGAGACCAGCUGCGGGUCCCCCCACUAUGCCUGCCCCGAGGUGAUCCGGGGAGAGAAGUACGACGGGCGCAAGGCGGACGUGUGGAGCUGCGGGGUGAUCCUGUUCGCGCUGCUGGUGGGGGCGCUGCCCUUCGACGAUGACAACCUGCGGCAGCUGCUGGAGAAGGUGAAGCGGGGAGUGUUCCACAUGCCGCACUUCAUCCCGCCCGACUGCCAGAGCCUGCUGCGCGGCAUGAUCGAGGUGGACGCGGCCCGGCGCCUCACGCUAGAGCACAUUCAGAAACACAUAUGGUAUAUAGGGGGCAAGAACGAGCCGGAGCCGGAGCAGCCCAUCCCCCGCAAGGUCCAGAUCCGCUCCCUGCCCAGCCUGGAGGACAUGGACCCUGACGUGCUGGACAGCAUGCAUUCCCUGGGCUGUUUCCGGGACCGCAACAAGUUGCUACAGGACCUGCUGUCCGAGGAGGAGAACCAGGAGAAGAUGAUCUAUUUCCUCCUCCUGGACCGGAAAGAAAGGUACCCCAGCCACGAGGAUGAGGACCUGCCCCCCAGAAACGAAAUAGACCCCCCCCGGAAACGUGUGGACUCCCCGAUGCUGAACCGGCAUGGCAAGCGGCGGCCUGAACGCAAGUCCAUGGAGGUGCUCAGCGUGACCGACGGCGGCUCUCCGGUGCCUGCGCGGCGGGCUAUCGAGAUGGCCCAGCACAGCCAGAGGUCCAGGUCCAUCAGCGGAGCUUCCUCAGGCCUGUCCACCAGCCCGCUCAGCAGCCCCCGGGUGACCCCUCACCCCUCUCCAAGGGGCAGUCCCCUCCCCACCCCCAAGGGGACGCCCGUGCACACGCCCAAGGAGAGCCCAGCCGGCACGCCCAACCCCACGCCGCCGUCCAGCCCCAGCGUCGGAGGGGUGCCCUGGAGGACGAGGCUCAACUCCAUCAAGAACAGCUUCCUGGGGUCUCCUCGCUUCCACCGCCGGAAACUGCAGGUUCCGACGCCGGAGGAGAUGUCCAACCUGACCCCGGAGUCAUCCCCAGAGCUGGCCAAGAAGUCCUGGUUCGGGAACUUCAUCAGCCUGGAGAAGGAGGAGCAGAUCUUCCUGGUCAUCAGGGACAAGCCCCUGAGCUCCAUCAAAGCCGACGUCGUCCACGCCUUCCUGUCGAUCCCCAGUCUCAGCCACAGCGUCAUCUCCCAGACCAGCUUCCGGGCGGAGUACAAGGCCACGGGGGGCCCGGCGGUGUUCCAGAAGCCGGUCAAGUUCCAGGUGGACAUCACCUACUCCGAGGGCGGGGCAGCCCAGAAGGAGAACGGCAUCUACUCGGUCACUUUCACGCUUCUGUCAGGCCCGAGCCGCCGCUUCAAGAGGGUGGUGGAGACCAUUCAGACACAGCUCCUGAGCACACACGACCAGCCCUCCACCCAGCACUUGUCAGACACCACUAACUGCAUGGAGGCGAUGACGGGGAGACUUUCCAGAUGUGGCAGCCCCGUGAGUAACCUCUUUGACGUAAUUAAACAACUUUUUUCAGACGAGAAGAACGGGCAGGCGGCCCAGGCCCCCAGCACGCCCGCCAAGCAGAGUGCCCACAGUCCACUCGGUGACUCGGCGGCCGCUGGCCCCGGCCCUGGAGGGGAUGCCGAGUACCUAGCGGGCAAGGACACGGCCCAGACGGGGCCGCCCGCCGCCCGCCGCGAGCAGCCUUAGACACUCAGCCUCUCCCCCAGCGCGGCCCUCGCAGGGCCGCCGCCCGCCGCCCGGUGUGGAAGCCGGGAGCAGGGAGAGGGGCACCGG